GUAGGUUACUCGGAUCAAUUUCACGUCGUGGAUCGGAAGUACAACUUUUACCUCUUCCUAUCAGUUAAACCUAAAAUGGCGGCGCGCAUCGCACCAUUUGCACCGUGAAGAUAACUGCAUGUUGUGUGCUGUGGGCUGACCGCUAAGCGGUGGACAGAGACGGAAAGACGACAGACAGACAGACGGAAGGCAUUCCAGACCAGCUCCCAGCAUGUCCAAGAUCGCCAGGGCAGCCAAAGCGGUGAAGAAGGUCGACCCCGGGAAUGUGAUUCGGGCCAUCGUGCGAUCGGGACAGGCCGCUCCUGGACCCCCCCUCGGCCCCGUCCUGGGACAGAGGGGCAUUCCGAUUGGCCAGUUCUGUAAGGACUUCAAUGAGAAAACGAAGGACUUGAAAGAGGGCAUCCCUCUUCCCAUCAGGAUACACGUCAAGCCCGAUAGGACGUAUGACUUGAAGAUCAAUCAGCCAACCGUGUCUUACUUCCUGAAAGCGGCUGCGGGCAUUGAAAGAGGCGCUGGUAAAACAGGCCACGAAAUCGCCGGCAUGGUGUCCGUGAGGGCCGUGUACGAGAUCGCCAAAAUCAAGGCGGCGGACGAGAGCUUCCGGCUGCAGAACGCCUCCCUGGAGACGGUCGUCAAGUGCAUCAUCGGCUCCGCCCGUUCGCUGGGCAUCAGGGUCGUUAACGAUCUUUCGGCGGAGGAGUACGGUCAGUUUCUGCAGGAGAGGGAGGCGCGGAUUGUGGCUGAGCAAGCCGCCGCCGCCGCCGAGGCAGCCGCCGCCAAGAAGAAGUGAACACGCGAGCGCACACACACAUAUACGCACACACACACACACACGCACACAUACGCAC